AUGUCUUUAUUGGAGCCAACGCUGUCAUCAUCGUCUUCGGAAAACAAUCAUCCCGUUAGAGGAUCAACGAAUCCUACACAUUCCUUGAUGGCUAACUAUUGGUCUCCGCUCAUUCAUCAACUCAAACAUUUAAAACGUAAAUUACUUGAAAAUGAAAAAGGUCGGAAAUUUCUACAGCAAACGAAAGAAUUCUAUUCCUUCGCUCGUGAAUUUUCCAAAAAAGAUUUGUUUCAAUUCUUGCAGGAUCGACUUGAAAUUGUAUUAUAUUGUUUUAUUGCUGGGUUAUUGAUUGGAUUUUUCCUCUUGAGUCGAUCGACCACUCAUCUUGAUCAAGAUGAUAUAACUUUUUCGCAACACCCGAAACAUCGGGAUACCUUUUCCUAUCCUUUACCAGGAGGAUUUCAUCAAGACAAAACCACUCAAAACGAUUUGAAUUUAUUGAGACACUUUUUCAUGGUCUCUUCCCGAUCAUUACUGAACUAUGAAGGAGGACCUAUUGAUGCCUUUGGCUCGUCUGCAACGGUAUUGAAAAGUUCUUCUCAACACUUGGAUCCCACUGUGUUUUUUAAGAAUUUCACGUUGAAAAGUAAACCAUUAGUGAUCGAGUCUGCAUGUGCAGGAUGGAAAGCUAAGAGAGAAUGGACCGAUAUCAAGUAUUUACAAUCUGGUGCUGAUGCAUCCACACAAGUAGUUUUUGAAAAGAGCAAGAAUGAACAUGAUUUGAUCUAUGGAAGUGCAGUUCCUGGUCAAACGACUCAGUUUGAAACUACUAAUUUUCAAACCUUUCUGAGCAAGUGGUUGAAUUCCAAACAUCGAGUGUCACUCAUUGAAAAUAUCAAACAUUUCAAACAAUUACAACAUGACAUUCCUAAAUGGCCAUUGUUAUUUUCCAAUGGAUUUUAUACACACAUAGCCACACAUUUGAGUAUAAUGAGUCAUGAACUAGCAACUCGAUUGAAUUUGAAUCCAUAUGAAACGUUGCAGUGUCAAAUUGUGGGUUCUUCAUCCUUCUUACUCUAUGAUCCAUUUCAACUUGAUUUACUCUACCAAAAGAACCAUAAGAAUCCUAUGAUCGAAUUUGAUCCCUAUCAUCCAAAUAAUUUUAAAUUGCAUCCACUUUUUCAAUUUGCAAGACCUUUACAUGCUGAAUUGAAUGAAGGAGAUUGUCUUUUCAUUCCAUCGUUUUGGAUUUAUUCACACAAGACACGACAUGGAGAUUCUUCUUCCUAUAAUAUUGGAGUUCAAUAUCAAUAUUCACCAGUGAGUACAGCUCAACGUGUUACUUUUGAAUCCAUCAUUGCCAAUGAUGAAUGA